AAGCAUCACAUCAUUUGGUGGUAAAGAACUAUCCAAAAUGAAGCUCCAGAUUGUUGCUUUGGUCGUUUGCGUUGCUUUCGUCGUGGGAAAUGAAGUUGAUCCCGCCGCACCGGAAUUGCCGACCGACCUUCUUCAACCCGACCGAGCAGAGGUGGAUAUCGCCCAACCAGAUCCAAAACCAUUGGAAGAAGCUCCCCAAGAUGCUCCAGAUGCUGAGAAGGAGGGCCCCGCACCGGACCAACCUGAUCAAGAAACCGUCCAGGAUGAAGAUGAUUCGGUGGACUCUGCAGAGUCGGACGAAAGUGAAGACGACAAAGAAGUGAUUGAACUGCUGGAGAAGCUGCAGGAUCGUCAGGAGGAGUUGGACUACCUUAACCGGUAUCUGCUGGGACGCCUCGCACCGAUUCAUGCCUCUGUAAUCGAUAGACGCAUACGUCCGGCCAUUAUCCGCCGUCCGUGGAUUCCUCGUCCAUGGAUUCGUCUUCCGCGUGUUCUUCCGAGACUCGCUUAAAUUUCAAAUCAGCCGUAAAAUCACACACACACACAGUUAGAUUACGCACAUCAGAGAGAGAGAGAGAAAUUUCAAUUAUUAAUAGCACCACCAUCGUUUGAAUAAAUGUAUGUUUCGUUUUCCGCAAUA